CAUAGGAAGGCUUUUAAAGCGUGCGCAUAAAUCAAUCACUCCAGAACGUUAUUACUGAUUAAAAAGUAAUAGAGAAUGGCUUCUCUACGACAUCAUAUCAUAGAUUAACAUCACAGUACGACAUAUCUUUAAAUAAGUGUUUUAAUGCUUGCUAGUAUGUAUUAUUUUGACAAUUACCUGCUAGAGGAAAUUACACUGCCACUUCCUUCCAUUCAGAACAGCAUCAGCGACAGUAAAAGCACACAGCAUGAUCCUCACACGCACAAAAUGCGACUGUUUUCCACAUGCAUUAGGGUUAUGAGUAUUACAAGCCCUUUCUCUGAUUGUAGCUCUUCAUGCCGAAGCAUCAUUGUUAUACAAGAUGCAACGGCUUUUCAGUUAACAGGACCCCUAUUUACAUCGAAGUGCAAACACAUUGAUCUACUUUUAUCCCAUUCUCAUUGGACAGAUUUUGAGAUGGAUAAACGUUUCAUGAUGGCGACGGAGACGGGUUCCAUUUGGCUCCGAAAAAUUACGGGUGAUGAUCUGCUGCAAAAUGUUCUCGUUAAGGGUCGAAAGCAACACAGCGCAAUGCUUUCAGAUAAGCAUCAUGAAAGUCGAGCAAUACAUGAGUUGAUGAUAAUCCAUUGGUACAUGGGAUGGAAAAAGCUUUACCAAAAUCUGGAAACAGAUUGCUUGAAUGCAGAUAGCAUCCCUGUUGAACGAUGCAAUAUAUAAGCCUUGUCUUUGAAAGAAUUGGAUUAUCUCUUCACAAAUCACUUUGACAAGUUGGAAAGCAUUAGAAUAUUAGCAAAGAAGGUGAAAAAGCGAUACAGAAAGGGAAACUAUAAACAGCAUGGCAUAUAUAUUCGAUGCUCGACACUUGAUCUUUGUCCUUGAAUAAUCGACACACCCAACUUAAAUUGCCUUACUCGUUUCUUACGUAAAGAACGAUGGGAAAACGUUAAUGAGCUAAAAUGGAACAGCUAAUAGGUCGACGGAGCAAGCCUAAUCAAAUGUCUCUUCUGCUCCAUCAUGGUAAACGGUAAUAUACACUUUCACUACUAAUAAUUAUUAUGUUACUGAUUCAUUGA